AUGGUAGACCAACCAACGAAAUCCCUUUUGGAGUACGGUAUUCCUGAUACGACUACCGGAGUCCUUUCUAGCAUCAUAAGACCACCUGUAACAGCUCAGCACUUCGAGCUCAAGCCGCAAUCCAUCCAAUUCAUCUCCAAUGAUUCAUUCGCAAGGCUACCACAUGAUUGCCCAGUAAAUCAUAUUGAUAGUUUCUUGGAGAAAUGUGAUACUAUGAAAAUGAAUGGUUUUAUAGAUAAUGCUAUCAGACUUCGCCUUUUCCCUUUUUCACUACGGUAUAGGGUGAAAGAGUGGUUGAGAGAUGAAGACACUGGCUCGUUCGAUACAUGGGACAAGCUAGUGAAGGCCUUCUUAGUGAAGUUUUUGGGACAUGAGAAGACUGCCAGGUUGAGGAACGAGCUAUCCACCUUCCGACAGUCAGAUGACGAGUCUCUCUAUGAGGCUUGGAGAAGGUUCAAGAGGUUACAGAGACAAUGCCCUCAUCACGGUAUCCCAGAGUGGCUGUUGAUUCAAACCUUCUAUAAUGGCCUAACACAUGAGUUCCGAAUCUACAUUGAUGCUGCAUCAGGGGGUUCUCUCUUGACAAAGAACCCAACUGAGGCAAAGGAGCUGAUUGAGAAGAUGGCGUCCAAUGAUAAUUAUCAUCCAGGAGGUCGUCAGAAUGUGAAAAAAGGAGGUAAGCUUGAUGUAGAUGCUUUGACUAUGUUAGCCAGUUCUGUGCAGGCACUAACAAGCAGGUUUGAUAAGUUCCAAUCUGGAACUUCUACUAGCCCACUAGAGGUUUGUCAAAUGUGCAAUGUGCACGGCCACAUCGCACCGGAUUGCACGCAGAAUAUGAGUGAGAUGUCUAUUGAACAAGCCAAUGCUUUCUACUCUUCGAACCCCAAACAGCCUUUUGAUCCCUACUCCAAUUCUUACAACGAAGGUUGGAAACAACAUCCCAACUUCUCUUAUAAGAACACCCAAGGACAACAGAAUCCACCAUCACAACCAUCCCUAUCCAACAACUACAACUCACCACCCAGUUUCCAACAAAGAACACCUAUGAACCAACAACCAACGCAACUACUUUCCUAA